GAUGGGGUUUCAAUAUUACAGAUACUUCUAGGAUUGGGGACUGUUUUCUAGUGGAGAGACUCCAGCUCCGGCAGCCAGUUAGGCAGCGGCAAAAUAAAAUGGACAGCGAGAGACAGAUGUUUCAGCCACCUCUCUGUCGCCAAGAUAUCCCAGAGCUGUUCUCCGGCCAACUCGUUUCCCAGUUAGAGUCUCUGAACGCGCUGGACUAAGAGAACCCACGGAGUGCCCAGAAGCUGCUCCUCGGAGAUGCCUUCGCCUGAGCAGUAAGAACUUCCUGCUUGAGUCCCCGCAUCCCCUCCCCCUGAAACUCUGCAGGAGAGAGAGGCGGCAGACCCCAGGGGGAGGGGCGAGGGGGAUCCUGGUGCAGCUCUUCUCCCCUCCCCCUCCCCCUUCGGGCGUGCAAGCAUGGAUGUGCUCAGCCCCGGACAGGGCAACAACACCACAUCCUCCGAAGGACCCUUCGGGACAAAUGACAACGCUACUGGCAUCUCCGACGUGACCUUCAGCUACCAAGUAGUCACCUCUCUGCUGCUGGGCACGCUUAUUUUCUGUGCGGUGCUGGGCAAUGCGUGCGUGGUGGCCGCCAUCGCCUUGGAGCGCUCCCUGCAGAACGUGGCCAACUAUCUCAUCGGCUCGCUGGCGGUCACCGACCUCAUGGUGUCGGUGCUGGUGCUGCCCAUGGCCGCCUUGUACCAGGUGCUCAACAAGUGGACACUAGGACAGGUCACCUGUGACCUAUUCAUCGCCCUCGACGUGUUGUGCUGCACCUCGUCCAUCCUGCACCUGUGCGCCAUCGCGUUGGACAGGUACUGGGCCAUCACGGACCCCAUCGACUACGUGAACAAGAGGACGCCCCGGCGCGCCGCAGCGCUCAUCUCGCUCACUUGGCUCAUUGGCUUCCUCAUCUCCAUCCCGCCCAUGCUGGGCUGGCGUACCCCCGAAGACCGCUCGGACCCCGACGCGUGCACCAUCAGCAAGGACCACGGCUACACUAUCUACUCCACAUUUGGCGCUUUCUACAUCCCGCUGCUGCUCAUGCUAGUUCUCUACGGGCGCAUCUUCCGAGCCGCGCGCUUCCGCAUCCGAAAGACAGUCAAGAAGGUGGAGAAAAAGAGAGCCGACACCCGCCUUGGGGCAUCGCCAGCCCCGCAGCCCAAGAAGAGCGUAAAUGGAGAGCCGGGGAGCAGAGAAUGGAGGCUGGGCGUGGAGAACAAGGCAGUGGGGACUCAGUGCGCCAAUGGAGCGGUGAGACAGGGCGAUGACGGCGCCGCCCUGGAGGUUAUCGAAGUUCACCGACUGGGCAACUCCAAAGAGCACCUGCCGCUGCCCAGCGAGACCGGUGCUGUCACCUGUGCCCCCGCUUCCUUCGAGAAGAAAAAUGAGCGGAACGCUGAGGCCAAGCGCAAAAUGGCCCUGGCCCGCGAAAGGAAGACAGUGAAGACGUUGGGCAUCAUCAUGGGCACCUUCAUCCUCUGCUGGCUGCCCUUCUUCAUCGUGGCCCUGGUCUUGCCCUUCUGCGAGAGCAGCUGCCACAUGCCCACCUUGUUGGGCGCCAUAAUCAACUGGCUAGGUUAUUCCAACUCUCUGCUCAACCCUGUCAUUUACGCCUACUUCAAUAAGGACUUCCAAAAUGCCUUUAAGAAGAUCAUCAAGUGCAAGUUCUGCCGCCGAUGAUGAUGGAGAAGCAGCAGGCGAGUAGGCCCGCCUUAUCCACUCUGCCUCCCCCUGCCCUCUGGAACCAACGCCUCUGAUA